AGUCAUCACAUCAAUUCCAGCCUAUAAUCAAUGUCUGUCUAACUGCUGCUAAAUGUGUUUUCUGACCAACUGCUGAGAGAAGAACAGGGCCAGCGAAGUUAAAAAAAACACUCAUCCAGACUAAUGAAAGAUAGGUUGGUUAUUACCAGUCAUUACUGAGUGGUUGGGCAGAGACCACAGACAUUCCUCCUGACAAAACACACUCACACUGUGGUUGUCAACUUUCAGUUUUCUGCUUUCACUGCAGUUUUACUGUGCUUAUUUUUCUCAUAUACACAUUUAAGUGACAUUUAACAGAAAAAAAUCAACACUUUAUUCUCUCUUUGAAUCUGUCUUUUUUCAUAUUUGCCUCUUUUUUUUUCUUUUUUUUUCUUUUAUUGUAUCUGCCUCUGUGUCCAUUGUCUGUGUGUUUCUCUCCCCUUCUCCCGGCAGAUGGAUGGUGGGUGGUCAGGUAAGGGUUAAGUGCUCUGCUCUAUAAAUUCUGCUUUAAGAGACUGCUGGAAGCUACUGGUUCAGCCUUUAAAUACAGUCAUUUGACACAUCCCGACAGGGGCUCGUAGCAGAGAGCAUCUGCUGACCCAAACUCAGGCUUUAAGGCAAGUUCGUGUGUCAGUGUCACACUGCUUUGGACGGCAUGAAGGCUCUGUUAUUCACCUGUAUGCUGGUGCCGUGGCUGGUGGCUGCCUCGGCCAGGAGGUUUGACCAGGACUCACAGCUGAUACCGGGAUCUCUACCUGGCAGGGAGCUGAACAGAUACUUCAGAAUGUUUAUGUUUUGCUCUACUCAAUGAGCAGGCCACUAUAUGAACAGGUUGUGUUUUCUCCUGCAGAGGGCGCUGCCUCCUGCUGAUGAACCUGAUGACGGUCCAAUCUCGGAGGGAGGAGAUGUCUCUGACUUGCCCACCUGCCUGCUGUGUGUAUGCCUGACUGGCUCAGUGUACUGUGAGGAGGUCAGUCCAGACAUGACCUCUGUUCCCACCCUGCCAAAAGAGACGGCCUAUCUGUAUGCCCGCUUCAACAAGAUCAAAAAGAUCAGUGCCAAAGACUUUGCUGACAUUGUGACUCUGAAAAGGAUUGACCUGACGGGGAACCUCAUCUCAGAGAUUGAGGACGGGGCAUUCUCUAAGCUACCCCUGCUUGAGGAAUUGUCUCUGGCUGAGAACAAACUGGUCAAACUUCCUAUGCUCCCUCCCAAACUCACAACCUUCAAUGCUAACAACAAUCUCCUCAAAACCAAGGGUGUCAAAGCUAAUGCUUUCAAGAAAUUGACCAAGCUGAUCAACCUGUACCUGGCCGAGAACCAGCUGGAAGCUGUUCCACACAUCCCAGAGAGCGUUAGGAUCUUACAUCUACAGAACAACAACAUCACUGAGGUCAACACAGACACCUUCUGUAGGUCCAAUGACACCUACUACCUACGACCAAGCCUCAGUGAGGUCCGUAUGGAUGGCAACCCCGUGGUAUUGUCUAAAUAUCCUGACAGCUUCACUUGUAUGAAGGUACUGCCUGUCGGACGGUACCGCUGAGGAGGCAGAAACUUUACUGUAGCCCCUUCGAUGCUGAUGGAGCAGUUUUCCCACAACAGAGUGCUGGGGGGAUACCGCGACGUUCUGGAUUUUGGGGCACUGGUCCCAUGAUUGGGAUAAAGGUGUCAACAUUUUUACUUCAGUAAACCUACAAACAGCUUCUGACACUGUCAGGUCAAAAUGAAAGUAAAGGUCUAGAAUUGAAGGCAUUUCUCUACUUAUCUAAUGGCCUUCAUCAGUUCUACUGACUGGUGGGGCGUAUCAGGCAUUUAAACUUCUGCAAGAAGUUGCACAAGAGAGUUCUUGAGAGUCAUCAGAGUCACAUGAAUUGGUGCAAAACCAUCCAAGAAGAUGUGUGAAGUCCUCAAUAUGCUCCAAACAAACUAUUUCGUCUGACCCCAUCUUAAGUCAAGUGUUUCUACCUGUUCUGAAAAGCCUGCCAUCAUAGCCCCAUCCUGGCUGCACCUGAUUGCCUUGCUCCGUACAAAGCUUGUCCAACACAGCCAUUGAUUCAGCCAUCUGAAAUGGGGCUUCAGAUGCUAUUAAAUGAUUUGACACACUUUGUUUGAAGCAUACUGAGGCCUUGACACUGGGACUGUAAGUGGCAGAUGGCCUAAAUGGUUUAGGCCACUUGUUCAGAAGACACCACAGGUGAGGGGCCUUCUGAGUGUCUUUUUCAUGCCAGUAGAACUUACGUAACCCAUUGAAUGAGUGGAGAAGCGUCAGCACCUCUAAAACUACAGUCCAAUUAAUCGUUUCAUUUCGACCUGACGCUGUGGUACCUGGAUGAAUGAAACUAAUCUACACAGACAGCUUGUGACAUUGAACUAACACACACCUGCAGCCAAAAGCCAACAGGUUUGCUUGAAAGUAUUACUAUUAGUUUAAAACACAAAAGGUCAAUGUUUUCACAGUCUUUGUGAAAUGAAUUAUAAAAUAAGUAUUUUGUUCUAAUAAGUAACUAUUAUUCCCCCCCCCCAAAAAAAUCAAGAUAUUGCUGCAAAUUUCCAGAUAUCCUUACUGCUUUUCCAGACUUAAACAAGUAUCUUCAACAAGUGUAAAAUCUCUCAUCUCAAGAUUUUACACUAAAUUAACAACAAAAUGUUUCAGAAUACCACACCAAGUAAAAUAUGUCCAACAGCUGCGGACCCACAUGUUUUUAUAGCCUUGCAAAUUUAGAUUACAGUUUUCAUCUCACUCAAGGGGCAUUCCAUCUGGACAUACGUCACUGCAACAAUAAUAUAUGACUGAACUGCAAAUUUUGAUUAUAAGCAUUAAUAGUAGUGAAUGUGAGACUUUGGCUGGCAUUGAACCGAACACAUUCCAACAAUAUCAAAAGUUUUCACAACUGAAUGAAAAUGUUAAUGCAGUUAAUGUAAGAAAUGAGGAAUGUUUUUAGAUGUUUUUGCUAAACCACAUCCCAAUAAUAGUAUUUUUGCAGUGAAUAUUUUACAAAAUCCUUGUGUCAGUAGGAAUAAAACAGAAUUUAAGUACUUUCAGUCAUAAAAAAGGAAUACUUGAUCCGUGCAGGUUGAUUCUUAGUCUUAUUUUCUUCAACUGAAGCUUGUAACAUGACAGUGAAAAAAAGUUUCUGAUAUGGCACUUAAAGGAGCCUAUGAACAUUGUGAGCAUUUCUCAUUACAUGAAUUGUAUGUUGCUUGGAGAUUUCUUACAUAUCAGACUGUUGAUCCCAGCUAACUCAGAAAUCUUAUCAUUAGGUUGUCUUGAAAUGUCAGCAGGAAUAGUCUGUAAAUACUUUUUUCAUCAAAUGUCUCUGAAAAAUGACUAGAAAUGAACACAAUUGGCUUUGCCAUUGUGUGAAUUAAUUUGACUUUUAAUUAUACCAUUAAAUGACUCUCCAUAAGGGCAAUGACCAUGUAAACUUAUCCACCUGCAGGCUUUCUUAAGUACUGUGUGACCUAUCAUCACUUACUUUUUUAAUUUAUAGACUCCAGUUAAAGUGAACUGGGGAACAAUGUAUCUAUGAACUAUAGUAAUGUGAAAGUUACUCUUCUAUAUUUUGUCUUCUUUUAAAAUGUCUUGCUUGUGUCCCUAACUCUUCCCUUCCAGUAAUAAAAUUUACUUUAGAAAUUAUUACUUAUGUGAAUAAGACAGUGGUGUACAGGAAGAUGUGUAUGUGACAUGGCUUUUUGUUUAAGAUGUUUUAAUAAAGUUAAACUUUUUUAAUUAA